CGGCACGUGAAGGAUGCCAGCAAGGACCCGGAGAUGGACUCGAGCCAGGACUACUUCCUGCUACUGGGUUACGAGAACAAGACGCACACCGUUCUACGUUUCUUCAGGCGGUACGAUACGUGCGACCCGCGGGACUUCAAGAUCACGAACGACACGAUGCAAGUGGUUUGGCAAUAUCACAAGGAGGAGCCGGCGUCCGCCGCCGGAGUUUUGCCGGCUAACGGCGCGGUCCGUGGCUCGAGGCCGCUUUAUCUGGUGCAAAGGGACUCGCAGCCGAAGCCGAGCCCGCGGAGCCAAGAAGCCGAGCAGCAGCUUCAAACGUGGGACAUAUUGAACAAGCAGGUCCGUCUGCCGAUGAACGAGGACACGCUGCAUGCGUGCCGCAUUGUCAAGAUGCCGAACAUUCAUCGCAAACACCACGUCGUGAAGUACGAGCCGGUGAUACAGCCGGGCAGCCAUCAUUUCCUGCAUCACAUGACGCUGUACGAGUGUCGCGGGGACCCAGCGGAACUCGAGUCCGCCGCGGAGACUUCCGGCAGCCUUUGCUAUCAGCCGUCCUCCCAGCCGUCCUUUCAGUGCACCACCAUCGCGGCCAUCUGGAGCCUUGGAUCCGAGGGGUUCAAUUAUCCGCUGGAGGCCGGCUACCCGUUGGACCCGCACGAGGGUCCGCGUUAUUACAUGCUGGAGACGCAUUACACGAAUCCUGAGCUGGAGGUGGACAUCAGCGACAGCUCCGGUCUGCGUUUGCAUUACACGGACCGGCUGCGCACUCACGACGCCGGCAUUCUCAGCGUCGGCAUCGACCCGAACUGGAGGCACACGAUACCGCCCGGCCAGCCCGAAGUGGUCUCCGAAGGUCAUUGCAUCUCGGACUGUACCGGGCAGACCAUUCCCAACAACGGCAUCAACAUAUUCGCCGUCGUCAUGCAUACUCAUCAACUCGGCAGGAAGGUCCGAUUGCGUCAGAUAAGGUCCGGAGAGGAACUGCCACCCAUUGCGUCUGACACCAAUUACGAUCCCACCUAUCAGGAGUAUCGGAAGCUGCAGAAGCCCGUCAGGGUCUAUCCGGGCGAUCAUCUGAUAACGGAGUGCACGUACUCGACCGAGUCGAGGAAGGCGAUCACGCUGGGCGGUUUGACAAUGCGACACGAGACCUGCCUGGUGUCCACGCUUUAUUAUCCGCGCAUCGAGUUAUCGCUCUGCUACUCGCUGCCUUCGUUACCGACGGUCCUACAGAGUCUGGGGAUCCAGAAGCUGCAGCAGCGUUCCAGCCCGGUGACGAUCGAGGAGCCGCAGGAGCUGAAGGGCAUGACCCUGGAGGAGCGUCUGACCAAUUACGACUGGGUGAACAAGGUGCAGAAUUUCGUGGAGGCGACGCGCGGCGGCACGAUCACGCCGCUGUGUUCGACCAGCAAGGGCACCCUGCCGGGUACGGCGAAUCUGGACGUGCACUACCCGCGGAUCCUGAGGCCGUACGAGGACACCAGCCUGCCAUGCUCGAAGAAGACGCUGCGGAACAAGCUGUCGAUGUCGUUGAGCGAGGACGCGGACGUCGGGGCCUCGGUCGACCCGAACAGCGAGGAGACGAACGCCGUCGAGAGGGGACAGCUGGUACGCAGCAAGGUGUCCCGCAGCAGCGACGGCCCCGCCGCCGGAAGUUCCUCCGCCACAUCGGUGUCGCUGCCGCUGGUGCUCGCAGCGGCUACGAUCCUCAUCGGCGCCGCGUUCAGGUGAACACUGACCCGUCCCAUCGACGCUGACCGACCGACGGGUCGGUCGAUUCUGUUUAUCUAGGACGGCCGUUUUAUUCCUCUCGUUGAUCGCGCCGGGUCGGGAGGAGCGACGCAUGUAAGUAACGCGCCGGCGUGCACUAUGGCGCGUCAGUCUUUAGGCUAAUAUCAUCACUAUUACCGUUCGCUGGCUGAUGGCCGGGGUUUGGGUGGUCGCCCCGCUCAGUCCCGCCCCUCGAACCCGAUGGGCCUGUCCAACCGCCGGCUCACUGGCUAUCCCUCCCCACCUCCCAGAUCCGGAUUACCCCCGCUGUGACCUCCGGCUUCGCCGGAAUCGGGUGACCUCGUGUCACCAGCUACGAACAAUUGUACCCCAACGGAAUGCAACAAUUUUCCAUCGUCGGGCACUAUGCAAAGUUUACUGCGAUGUAAGACGGCGCGUUUGGCCACGCGGUUUUGGCUGGGCUGACAGACCGGUCGAUGGCGAGGACAGGCCCUGCUCUAUUCCGCAACCCGGCUGCGCAGAGAUCCGUGCAAUUCCCAGCGCCGAGCCGAUCCCGGCGGGAACGUCGAGCCACCGGCCGAGCCGGACAUAUUUUUGAUGGCGCCGAACGACCGGAACGAAUGGGAUUCGUUGGCCGCGACCGCACGGCGCACUGCCAGACGGAUUUCCCCCGCGAGGAACGCCCGCCGGGAUCGGGAUCCACGCUGUCCACGCUCGACGAUCGACCCCCUCCCCCUCCUCGCGAUCUCUGCUCGUGCAUCAUUGUUAUCACGCAUCGCGUGCUCGUGACAGGACGCUCCUUGGAUAUCUUUCGGUUACGAGCGAUUUGCUUCUCGGGCCACUCGGAUAGGUGACGCUCGUUCGGCGAUAACCUGCGACCAUAAUCGCGGACCACCGCCGACAUAAUUUUUCCAGGGAUAUUUGAUCGAUCAUCGGUUAUUCGGGAAUCUAUUUUACCGACAAUUUUGGAGCAGUUAAUUUCGAAGCAAUUAAUUUCGAAGCAAUCGAUUCCAAAUCAGUUAAAUUCAAAGCAGUUGAUUUCGAAGGCAAUCGAUUCCAAAUAUUAUCGAUCUCGAAUCAUUCGAUUCCAGAAGCCAGAUUCCGAUAUUCCACGGAAAAAGUCGUUGUCGGUGUCCCCCGCGUCCGCCGUUCAUAAAACAGCGCCGCCUUUGAUAUUUUUCGUCGAUGCGAAUCGAAUAGGACACCCGUUAUAUCGCGUCCGAUACAAACUCGUCGCUGCGCCGUGACAUCCGUACGUACACCUGUUGGAAAUUUUAGUUAAGCUCCCCCCGCCGCGUUCUCGUCCCACGCCAACCUCUGUGCAGAGCCGAGGGCCCGAGAACGCAAGUUUCUAGUCCCCUUAGGCGAGCGACGGGGCGCGCGGUCCCGCCGCGUCCUCAACUACUCCGGCGGUUGACCUGUUUCAGCACGGACCGAUCACGAACGGAAAGAUAUCCACGGCAGGAAAUGAUCGACAGAACGACGAAGCAAAGCUGACGCGGUAUCCCGUCGAUCGCACGGGAUUUAGAAUGAUUUUCGCGACACUCGAAUGAAUUUAUAUUGUUGGCUGUUUAUUUUCUCUGGCCGAGGUGCCGAGCGGGGCUCCGAGACGCGAUUAGAACGCUCGGGAUCGCUGCCGCGGCAGCCAGACUACGAAUCGGACCGGUGGAGGAGGGUCACAUGACGCGGCGGUCGUGUGGGAGCACGGGUGACAUCCCUACUCCGCCGCUCGGCGCGAAUCGGCGACGACCGCCGCGCCGCGCGACCUACCCCCACUCCUCCGGCUGGAUACCCGGCCGACACGGCCGGCCGGUAGCCGCCGCUCGGCUCCCGCCGGAACUCUGUAUAUUCUGUUACUAUUAGCGCCACGAACGAAUGCGUUUUCGGCACGGAGACCACAUGUAAACGUUGGUCGAUCCGCGCGCUGCGCUCGACCAACGUUUGCGUGCGCGUGAACCGCCGCGGUCCUUUGUAAUAUUCUGUACAGUUUCUUACGCGUAAUGUUGACGUCCGACGGGCCCGCGCAUCCGACCGCGCCGGGCCCGCGAUUAUUUAUUUUUUAUUUAAUUGUAUAGAGUUACUUCUUGCCACGUUCACGCGACGCCACUCCACGCCGCUUGCUGGAGGCAGUCAGUAGUCUCGGCGCGUCACGUGACGUUGCCCAGAGUCCCAACGCGCCACGCGACUCUGUCGGGAGUCUCAGCGCGCCACGCGACUCUGUCGGGAGUCUCAGCGCGUCACGUGACACUGUCGGGAGUCUGCCACGCAUGCGCGCAGCCUCGAUACGCGCCCCUCGGCGAAGACAACCGAUCGGGCUCGGGUCCAAUUCGAGACGGUCCUGUAACGAGAAUCGGCCGACAAAUAUCGCGAUCGCGACCGUUUCAGGGCUUGGGAGAGUGUUGUUGGACACUGCGAGAUCGUUUAUUAGGUAACUCGCGAGUACGACCAGCACACGGACCACAGCUGAUCGUGAGAGCCGCUUUUCGAGACCGCCCCCGUGCUCCGGUCUCUCUUUAUUUCUGCGCACAUUUAUAUCUUUUGUUAACCGAGAAGUUUUGUAUAUAAAUAAAUAUAUCAUUCUUACAUUGA